AUGGAUCAGGAUAAAACAAAUAAUGCCAUAUUGGAGCAGUUAAAUUACAUCGAUAACUUCAUCGAUGAUAAUAAUCUUAACUUGAAUUUUGAUUUGAGUGCUUUCGCCGAUGAUGAAUUCAUCUUUGCCGAUGAAGAUAAACCCAAAGAUGAUCAUAAACAAGAUAAAGAUAAAGAUAAAAUCGAUUUAAGUCAGUUCAAUAAUCUUAAUAACUUACCUAGAUUCCCAGUUCCUCCAGGGGCUAAGAGUUCGUUGGUUCAGGCAGGUUUGAAUCAAAAUCAAAUAGAUUUAUUGAGUGCUUUGAUAGCUCAAUAUCAGCUGGUACAACAGGAUGAAGAUCCUAAUCAAAAUCCCGGAAUACCCCCACAACAGUCAAGUCAAGACCUUUUACAGCAAAACCAGGAUAUUCUGCUCUUACAACCUCAACAAAAUAAUCAAUUUCCAUUCAAUCAAACUUCACCAGGGUUCAUGAAUGAAAAUUUCUUGAAUCCUAUGCAAAUGAAUUCAAAUUCUGAGUUCUCCAACGAUAUUGGUAGUAGUAGUAGUACAGCUGAUGCAUUAAAUGUUUCUAGUUUACCUGCAACUGGGAACAGUUCAGGGGAAAACAACAGCAGUAAUAAUUCAGGAGCCGAAAUUGAUAACGAUUUGGAUAAAAGAAGAAGGAAUACGGCUGCCUCUGCUAGAUUCAGAAUUAAGAAAAAGUUGAAAGAAAAACAAAUGGAAGAAAAGAUUGAAAACUUACAAGAGUUGAUAAGUAAGUUUGAAAAUAAAAUUGAAAAUUUAGAGUUAGAGAACAAGUUGUUAAGGAAAGUGAUCAAUGAUAAAAGUGGUGAGAAGAACGAUAAUGAAUUGAAAAGGUUAAAGGAAAGAAUUUUAAGGAACGAUUAA